AUGGCUACCCCUGCAGCUGAAAGAGUCGCGGCUGUCGUCGACGAGAUCACCGGCGACGGCUUUCAUAGCGUCUGCUUUCACCGCAGUCUGUUGCUUCCCUGUCACGUCGAUAGACUGGGAGCUGCCUGGCUCAACAAGGGUUCCUAUGUUGGAUGCAUCAUUGGUAUCGGCCCAGGGGCCGGCGCGAGAACCGUUGAGCUUGUCGACGUCCGCCGCAUCCGAAAGGAGAUGCAGGUUUCGAGCACACUGCCAAACGCCAGGUUCGAGUACACCCCACCGUGUUGUGGCGGCUCCCGGCUCUGUGAAGCGGAGGCCGUCGUCUCGAGAACUGUGGCAAGGUUGCUGCGGCAAAAGCAUCUGGGCGGCGGAGCCGCCUUUGGUUUAGCAGGGCCGCUGUCAGACCUUCAAGGAAGGGAAAAACGGGUAGAUAGAUGGCUUGCUGGACGCAGUGGUGCACAGUAA